UCCAAAUCUAACGUUGAUAUUAUUUGUUGGUUGGAUCGUAAAUUUUCACAUAUGAGAAAUAAUUGAGAAGGAAACAAAAGAAAAAAGGACAAAAGCAGGCGCGUGACGUGGGUGGGGCUGGGGUGGAGAAAAUAGGACAUUUGUCCGAUGUUUUGAAUUUAUUCCAUUUGAAAAUCAAAGCCCCAGUCCAUGCACACUGCGCCAACUUCCACCGCUGUCUCACAUUCCACAGGGGGUCGGGAAACUUCCCAUUUUGUUUUCUCGAUUCCCAGUUGUCCUUCUUCUUCUUUGUUUCUUCACAUACUACCACACCACUGAAAGGACUUGGUGGGGUGGGGGGUGUGUGUUAGGUGAAUGAUCCACAUGGGUUCUUCUUCCUUGGGUAGAGGUAAAAACAGUUAUGAUUGCUCUUUCAAGAUCUUGUUGAUUGGGGAUUCUGGCGUUGGCAAGAGCAGUCUUCUCCUUAGCUUUAUCUCCGGCUCUGUCCAUGAUCUUUCCCCCACCAUUGGAGUUGAUUUCAAGAUUAUGCUGCUCACAAUUGGUGGGAAAAGAUUGAAGCUUACAAUCUGGGACACAGCUGGACAGGAGAGGUUUGGAACAUUGACAAACUCUUAUUAUAGAGGUGCACAUGGCAUUAUUCUAGUUUAUGAUGUAACAAGGCGAGAAUCCUUCACAAACUUGUUGGAUGUUUGGGCAAAGGAAGUAGAGCUCUACUCCACUAAUCAUGAGUGCAUCAAAUUUCUAGUUGGCAAUAAAGUUGAUAGGGAUUGUGAAAGGGCUGUUACUAGAGAAGAAGGAAUGUCCCUCGCACAGGAGCAUAAAUGUUCAUUUCUUGAAUGCAGUGCGAAAACUAGAGAGAAUGUGCAGCAAUGCUUUAAAGAGCUCACCUUAAAGCUUUCAGAUACUGCAAGUACCCAGUUUAUUGGAACAAGGAUCACGAGUGGUGGAGAGACAAACAUUGAUGCAGAAAGAAUUAUACCAGGAAUCUCCUCGCAGUUGUUGCUUUUAAUCAAAAUGCUUUGAAAUAGAGGUAGAAUUAAAACUACAGCUCAGAAAUCCCUAGGCAUUAGCAAUAAUGGCAGUCGAAUAUCAGAUCCUUCUGACACCAUUCAUGAUAACUUGGUGUAGAUGGCAACAAUAGUUCAUAAAUCUUAUUUUGAGCCUUUAUUUUUUGGUUUCUAGCUAUUAGGAUUUGGGAGAAUACUUUGCAGCCAGGGAGAUGAGUUAUUGGGUUUAUGUAAUGACUCGUUUAUGUGAAUCUGUUUCUUUUAUUUGUUUGUAUCUUCUCCCAAGGAGGUGCUGCCGUUAGAAUGACUUUGGGUAGGUACAGAAAAAACCAGUGAAAAAUGUUUUGUAUCCGAAGUGACUUGUAGCAUAUGUGUCCAAAACAUGAGAUGUAUAGACCAUGCCUUGAAACAAGAAUUUGUUUGAUGUUUGUAUUCUA